AAGGGGCCUAGCAUGAUGGCCAGGAUGCGAUAUAAUAGCAUUAUAAUUGGAAUUAUACUGCAUUUAUUCACAACACCGCCUGCCUAUUCAGAUGGAGCUUGCAAUAUUGGAUGUACAAAAACGGACACCGGACUUUUAAAAUACCAAACUGGCAACGUGUAUGAUUAUGCUUUUGACAGUAUUUUAACUAUUGGAUUGAGUUCGGGUGUAGUAAGCGAAGCCGAUGAUACAAGUCUUAAAGUAUCCGGAUCUGCAAAAAUCUUCUCUAAAGGGAAUUGUGGGUAUACUUUACAAUUAGGAUCAGUAAAAGUAACAAAUACUAAAGAAUCGGUAGAAAAAAAGAUACUGAAUAGUAUAGCUAAACCUGUGUCCUUUACCCUGGUUAAUGGCCUUCUCGAACCGCAAAUAUGCUCUGAACCCAAUGAUUUGGAUUACUCUUUGAAUAUCAAGAGAGGUAUUAUAUCCUUACUGCAAUCGGCAAUCGAGAGCCAGCAGGAAACUGAUGUUUUCGGACAAUGCCCUACGCAUACCUCAGUAACCAAAAAUGGUAAUAUCGAUACAAUAACUAAAGUUCGUAACUUGAACAGCUGUUCGCAUCGGGAACAGAUAAAUAGUGCCCUAGUAUCGGGUAAAAUCAAUGAGAAAGCGGGCUUAACUUCCAGUUUCCUCUUACAAUCAAGCUAUAUUAAGGAAUCUAAGAUCGUAGAUGGUCUUAUAGAAAAUGUUCAGCUCACGGAAACCUAUAAAUUUUCGGGAGCCACCAAAGGUAACUCUGAUAUAAGCGCCAAAGUUUUCACUCUGAUUAAAUUAAAAAAUCCUGGAGGUACAAAAGCUGAAACACCUCAAACGGGGACCGUUGUUCGUAGCGCCAUCUUUCAAAAACCGGAAACUUAUUCAUCGAAGAAUAUAAAUGCCUUAAAGACUGUUUUGUCUGAAAUCGUAGAGUCGACUGGUGAAUAUGUAAAGAAAGACAGUGCUAAAAAGUUUGUCGAGUUUAUCCGUCUUCUUAGACAAUCGGACGGUGAUUCUUUAUUGGAACUUGGAACUUUUCCCCACCCUAACAAGGUUUUGGCGCGAAAAGUUUACUUAGAUGGCUUAUUCCGAACCAACACUGCGGAAUCUGCAAGAGUUAUUCUCAAGCAACUCUCAAAAUUUGACGAUAAAGAGAAAAUUUUGGCUAUCUUAUCCCUGAAUCUAGUUGAAAUUGUGGAUAAAGAAACUAUUACUUAUGCUGCAGCUCAACUGUCACCAUCAGCUCCGAAAGAGCUAUACCUUUCCGUUGGUAGUUUGAUUUCUAAAUUUUGUUCAAAAAAUAAUUGCGAAAAUGUUCCUGAAAUCGAGGCAAUAGUGAAAAAGUUUUCGGAUGGCCUAAAACAUUGUAAGCCCAAUACGAAAAAGGAUGAAGAGCGUACUGUUUAUAUCCUAAAAGGGCUUGGCAAUGCAAACAGUUUAGGUGGCAAUGCAAAGAGCUCAAGUGUAAAAGCUUUGAUGGAAUGCGCCUCCGUAGGACGUCCCAAUCGCAUUCGUAUUGCUGCUUUGCAGGCAUUCUCCUCCUUACAUUGUGAUCAAUCUCUACAGAGUAAAUCCUUACAAUUACUUAAGGAUACCAAUGAGGACUCAGAGUUACGUAUUGAAGCCUAUUUGGCUUUAAUUUCCUGUCCCAACGGAGAAAUUGCCAAUCAAAUAGCAGAAAUUGUAAAUACGGAAAAAGUUAAUCAAGUUGGUGGUUUUAUAGCCUCAAAUUUGAAAGCCAUACGAGAUUCAACAGACCCUAAGCGUGAACAACAACGAUAUUACUUAGGUAAUAUCCGAAUUACAAAACAAUUCCCAAAAAAUUAUCGCCGUUACAGUUUCAAUAAUGAAUUAUCAUAUAGUCUGGAGACUUUAGGCUUAGGAGCAAGCUCUGAUUACUCACUAAUUUAUUCGCAACAUGGUUUCCUGCCAAGAUCCUUAAGGAUUAAUGUUACAACCGAGAUCUUUGGCACCAACUUUAAUGUCUUCGAGGCAAGUGUGAGGCAAGAGAACUUGGAGAACGUAUUGGAAUACUAUUUGGGACCCAAGGGACUGCUGAAUAAGGAUUUUGAUGAGCUGGUAAAGUUAAUAGAAGUGGGAAACAGCGGAGCACCAGCAGCUGGAGGUCGUGCCAGACGUUCUAUUGUGGAUGAAGCUUCAAAGACGUCAAAAAAAUAUAAAUCCUAUGGAAGUAAGAACAUACAAGACUUAAACUUGGAUCUGUCCCUAAAGCUCUUUGGUUCUGAGUUAGCUUUCUUAAGCCUUGGAGAUAAUGUUCCUACGACUAUUGAUGACAUUAUUAGGCACUUUUCUGACUCUUUUGAAAAAGCGAAAAAGGAGUUGAGCUCUUUUGAAAAAGAACUGGUUUUUAACAAUCUUUUCCUGGAUUCGGAGCUAAUAUAUCCAACAAGUAUAGGUGUACCUUUGACGCUACAAGCUCAAGGGUUUGCUGCCACAAAGGUUGAUCUACAAAUUAAUUUGGACAUCGGAGCAAUUAUAGAGCAAAAUUGGCAGAAAGCCAAAUAUGGUUUUAAGUUUGUUCCAAGCGCAGAUGUAAAUGUAAAUUUACAGGUUGGAUUUAAUGCUCAAGUUCUCUCUACAGGACUUCGGGUAGUAUCAACUGGACAUACAGCCACUGGUAAUGAUGUUAGCGUAGCUUUUAUCAACGAUGGAGAAGGUUUUAAGUUUGACGUUGAGUUACCACGAGAAAAAUUGGACUUGAUUAAUAUACAAAUCGAAACUGAGCUCUUUGUUUCUGAACAAGAUAAGCCCACCAAAGGUAUAGCUCUUAGAAGUUCCAAAAAGUCAAAGAACUCACCGGCCCAAUCGAAUGAGCUAUGCUUCAAUCAAUUGGAAAUUAUUGGUCUAAACAUCUGCAUUCAGAGCUCGACAAGUUUAAAUGAUAUUCAAGGAGGAAGUCAAGGAAAAGAUCUUGCUAUCUUAGAUCAAUUUCAUCUAUCGAAACCUUUCCUGUUUGGAAUUACUUUAACUGCGGAACGUAAGUUUACCUUUAAUGGCCUACAUACAACUUCUGAUGGAAGUCAAAAAUGGAAAUUGGAUUAUUCAACUCCCGGAUCUAAGGUUUCGCAUGAUACCAGUGUCAUUUUUGAACUUGGAACGAAACCUCGAACGUAUACUAGACUAUCUCUAGACAAUACUCAGUUUCAUUUUGCCAUUGAAGGUGGUGUAAACAAUAAUAAUCAAGAAUUAGUUGUAUAUGGUCAAUAUGAACAAGAUAAGGCGAUCAAGAAAAGUAAAAUUGGUCUUAGUAAAAAUGGCAAUGAGUACAAGCCCAUAAUAGAGAUUCAAGAUAAUAAUGGAGGAGUAACAAAUUCUAUAAAUGGUUACCGUGCUGAUGGUAAAAUUACUGUACAGAAAACUAAUGGGAAGCCAGAGAGAUAUACAUUUGAGAACUUCCGUAUAUCCAAUGGAAACGAUGCUCGUAUCAUAGUUAAUGGUUGGUCAGAUGUCGGUCGAAAUACCUUAGACUCUGAGCUACAUAUUUCUUCCGAAAAGGAGUCCUACCAGGUUAAAGGCAGUUUGAAAUUUGAAAAAAAUGGUCACUACGGCGCAGCGUUUUUCAUCAACGAUGAAAAAUCACCGGAAAAUGUGUAUGGUAGCUCCGUACAAUUGAUAACGGCUGAACAGUCUUAUGCUCUAAGAGUCAUAGGAAAAGCUGCUACUUGGUCUAUUAAUAGUGAUACUGAUGUUAGUGUGGAGAAGGAUGACAGCAGUACAAACCCUUUAAGAUCCGGAAAAGUGACGUCAAGUCUUGAAGUUCAAAAUAAAAAUAAGCAAGUUGCUGGUAUACAGAUAAAAACCACAUUUGACUCGCAUAACUUUGAUAUUAAUGCAGAAAUAUUACGUGAGCAGAAAAUUGGAUCCCUCAAUCUAAAAUACAAAAGCAACCAGAGAACCCCUCAGGAUUAUGCAUUGGAAGCCAAGGCGACACUAAACAAACACUCGAUCGAUAUAUUAUCGAAAAGGGACUUGAACAACAAUUUAUAUGUUAUAGAAAACGUGCUAACCACUAGUUGGGGCACUUCUCUAUCUCUUAAAGGUGACCUAGGUCAACGCUUUAGCCCCCAGGAUAUCCACAUUGAUAUUCAGGGUAACCUUCAAUUAAGUAACAAGGAUAAGCCUUCCCAAUGGAUUUUAAAGGCAAAUGGAACACCAGAUAAGACCAGUACAGAAUUUAGAGUUAUAAGAGAUUCUACAGAAAUUGUCAAGGUAAACGGAGAAUCCCAACAUCCUCAAGAUAAAGUCGCCGCUGUUAAGCUCAAUGUAAUAGUUAAGAACCUCUUAACUGCCAAGGGAGAUUUUCGAGUAGCCAAAAAUGGAAAAGGAGAGCUCUUAGCCACUAUUGAGACCCAAAAAACGGAACCCAAACAUAAAAUAGAAGUUGAUUCGAAAUUUCACAUACUAAAUCCAAAAUAUGAUAUCGAUACAACAAUUACUUUUGAUGGCGAAAAGAAGCUACACUUUAAAUCUGAGAAUACCCUUGACAAGAGCAAGUUUACGACCAAAAAUAUAGCUGAAGCCAAUGAAAAGAAACUAAGUUUUGAAGCAAAUGGCAGUGUUAAAGGUGAAAGUCGUGAAAAUGGAGAAGUGCAAGGUGGUUUUAAAUUAACAACACCUUCUGGACGCAUUAUCGAUGGUAGUGUCAUUAGGAAAGUGUCUACAAUCGCUAAAACUGGUAUUAUCCAGGGCAAUAUUGAAGCCACAAUUAGUGAUACAUCAUCGGGGGGCAAACGUUCUUUGGUCAUGAAAGGAAAACUUGAUCGCUGGAAUUCUAAAAGCAAAGAGUUUUCAGUAAAUACCAAUUUAAUAUUUACUGAUUUUGAUGGUCAAAAAUCUGAGCUAAGCUAUCAAAUUAAACAGCAACCCAAAGGUGAUAUUGCAAAGAAUUUGGAAUUUAAACUGAAUGCUCAGGGUAAACCCCUAAAUGAGCCUAUUGAGGUGACACUUGUCCUAAACGAUUAUAGUCUCCAAGGCGCUUCCGUGACUUUGUCCACAAAAUACGGUGACUCCGUAACACUCACUUUAAACGGUAAUUUUAAUAAUAAUAAUCAGAAAUCUUAUGAGCUUGAAACAAACCUAAACAUUCCAAAAUCGAGCCUUAAGUUUAUAAACAUUAAGAGUAAUGGUAAGCUAUUAUUGCCUUCGACACAAGACAGUGUCAACGUUGCGGCUAAUGAAGUUGCAUUCCUAUUCGACGGAAAAACAGGCCAAGAACAAUACGCACGAAUCGACGCAUUAUGGCAGAGUACUUCAAAAUCUGGAACUUAUAAAGUUGAAGCUCAAACAAAUAAUAUGAAAUCGCCAUUGAUAUUUAAUGGUAAAUAUCAAAAGGAUUCUGAAAAACUAGAUAAUAUUGGUCACGUUGUUACUGGUCACCAAAACUUUUUAUUUAAUGGACAAUAUGGCGAGCAAUAUGUGAAAACGGAAGGUUCCAUAUCCUAUGGUUCUGAUAAAACGGAGCUAGCUUAUAAACUUGAUACCAGCCACGAAAAGGCUAAGGAUAUAGAAGUUCAUAUCAACACUGAAAAGUCACCCGAUGAUUCCACUUUCUUGGUAAAAGCAUUUGCUAAACAGACAGAUAAAUCUUAUAGUUUCGAUACAAAAUUGUAUCGCUCUGCCCAUAAAAAGGGUCUAGAUGCACGGCUAAAAUUACCAAAAGAAAAGCCAAUUGUUUUUACUAGCAUUGUCGAGAUUUUAGGCGAACGAAAGGCCAAAAUAAUCCUGGAAAUCGAUAAUCUCGCCGAAUUAGACCUGCAGGUCAACGGUGAAGCUUCGUACACAAACAUUGAUGAUUUCUAUGUCAUCGGAAGCUGGAACUCCAAGAAAUUAAAACUGGAUAACUACCAACUUGAAGCACGGGCUCAAGGUAAAAACCUUAAAAUACAACUUAAGAAUGCAAGCAAUGUAAUAUUCUUGGGUACAACUACCUAUUCGUUGAAGAAAGAGCAAAAUAAAUCAAUUAUCGAUGGCCAAGGUCAAGUUACAUAUCAGGGUAAAUCACAGUCUGGUAAUUUUAAAUUAACGCGACAACAUUAUGACAUAAAUACCGAUAAGGAAGUUGGUUUCUCAUAUACCUUAAAUGGUAAUUUUGGUUCAAAAAAUGGCGUUUCUACUAUAAAAAUCACAAAUAAGGAGUUUAAUACCAAAUUUUCUGUUUGCGAAGAAAAGAAGCAGUGCACAAAUAUCCAAAUUCAGUCUCUCGUAAGCAUCGAUGAUAUCAAAUUGGAUGGUAUUCAGCAUUCUACAUUGAUCUUAAUUGAUCUUCGUGAACUGGGCUACCCCUAUGAAUUCGAACUCAAGUCCCAAAAUACGCGUCAAGGUCUAAAAUAUCAAUACCAUCUGGAUAGCUUUAUAGUGUCGGGAAAUAACUUAAAGUACCAAUUUACUGCCAAUGUACAACCGUCGUCAUCUAUUUUAAAGUUAACUUUGCCGAAACGACAAUUAGUAUUGGAAUCCGCUCAGAAAAUACCCAAAAACGGAAAUGUCUUUGGCCAUUAUGAGCAAUCAGUUGCUUUCUUUAUCGAUAAGCUAAAUCGUCCAGAUGAUGUGGCUCGCUUAUCGGCUAUUGUCGAUGUAUCAGGAAAAGAGCGCGUUGCACUCAACGCUCAAGGUGCGAUCAAAUUGGAACAUCCAAAUAUACGUUCUUUAAGCGUAUCAGGACGCUUUGAUGGUAAUCUCGAACAGCAAGUAUCGAAUUUAGAAAUAGUUUUCGAUAUAUUCCGAUUGCCGGAACAAAAGGUAAUAGUAACCAAUGAAUUUAGCAAUGUACGCUCGAAAAAGGGUAUCAAUCUUGCAACAAAGUCGAAUAUUAAGUCAUCAGGACUUAAAUUCCAAUAUCAAGCUAUAUGUAACGCCGACAUUAAUCGUGAAGCUCAAGAACUUAAGCUUAAUCUCGAUCUUAAUAAUGGCAAAAGUAGCUUGCAGGCAACCUCCUUUUUGAAUAAAGAAAAGGUGGAGAUUACUUUGAAUGAGUCGAAAAACCAAAUUGUUAAAUUCGUGGGAGACUUAAACAAACAAAAACGUUCUGCAAAACUGAAUUCGAAACUGCAAAUUCUGAAUAAGAAGCCCCUCGAAAUUACUGCCGAAAUCCAACCUACAUUUGCCAAACUAUCAUUGAAACGUCCGGAUCUCAUAGAUAGCAAUGCGGAAAUAAAAUUGGGCAAAGAAUUCAAAUUCGAUAUUUCUGGUAACGGAAAACAACUGCUCAAUGGACGUAUAGCAUUGGAUCCUACAAACUUUUUGCAAACUAAUUAUAUGGCAAGCGAGGAAAAUGUUAAAGAAUUCUGGGAAAAAGUCGAAUCAGAAGUUAACAAAGACGCUGAGGAUAUUUCGCAAAAUAUCAAAAACAAAUUUAAUCAGUUAAAGCAGGAGAGUGAAGCAAUUGUUAAGUUGGCACAAGAAUCAUAUCCCGAUUUCACGAAAUUUAAGGUUAAAUAUGAUGAAACUGUCAAGGCAUUCAUUCAAGAGCUCGAAACGGAUCCAUCAAUUGCACCGAUUAUUAAUGGAAUUCGCACACUGUUUGAAAAAUUCUCUGGGCUAAUUGACCAACUGACUAAAGCUGGUACCGAAGCAUACGAAAAAAUACAAAAGUCUUUAGUGGAAAUCUUUGACAAGUUGCACGCUCUAUGGAAUGACUCUAUUCUAAAAGCCUGGGAAGAAUUAUAUUUAACGGCAACGAAAUUAAUUACUCAGUUGUAUAAUGAAAUAUUCGCAGUGUACAAGAAAUUAUUCGAAAAUAGUUUGGAAGCAUUAAAAAAAUAUGGACCAGUGUUGAAAAAUUACAGCAAGGCAUUCGCGGAAUUCUUAAAGCCACUGAAUGAAGCUCUACAGGAAUUGAUUAAGGUUGUGUCUCAUGCUGUCGAAGAGGUGAUUGACGAAUUUAAAAAGUAUGCUGCAAAUAUUCCCACGUUUGAAGCGAUUCAAAAAGAAAUUAAUGAAAAAAUUGAGAGUCUAAAAUUAGUUGACAAAACUAUUGAGUUUAUAAACAGUCUGUUUGACCAAUUGAGUAUUUUGCCACAAACCCAGGAGACAACGCAGUUCUUAAAUAAACUACAUGAUUAUUUGGGUGCAAAACUUAAAAAGCAACAAAUUAAUGACGAAAAAAUAUUGGAAGAACUUGGCGAACUUUUACUGAAAUCCAUUCGCUCCAUAUGGAUAUCGUUAAUGAGUACUGUUCCAGCCACUACGUCAUCGGCACAUGCUAUCGAUUUCCAAACGUGGUUUGGUUCACUGUCCCAUGCUGUUGAUAACUUUGCCGUCAUACCUACAUUGCUUUCAUUCCGUUUAAGCGCCUGGAACUAUUUAUCGAAUGAGAAUUGGGAAGCGAUGUUUACCAAGGAAUGGCUAAACUCGUGGAUAUUCUUCAAUGACUUUGAACUAAGAGGUCACAUCGUUGAUGGUUCGCAUAUAUUCAGUUUCGACAACCAGCAUUUUGCGUAUCCGGGCAACUGCCGAUAUAUCCUGGCUCAGGACAGUGUAGACAAUAAUUUCACAGUUAUUGCUCAGCUAUCAAACGGAAAACUAAAGGGUAUUACACUUAUCGAUCGCGAUGGAAACUAUGCCGAAGUGUCCGACACUCUGGCCUUAAAACUAAAUGGAAAUGCUGUUGAAUAUCCACAACAUGUAUCAGGUCUGCAUGCUUGGCGUCGCUUCUACACAGUGCACCUACACUCGGAAUAUGGUGUGAAUGUUGUUUGCACUACAGAUUUAAGGGUAUGCCACGUCAGUGUGAACGGUUUUUACACAAGCAAAACACGCGGGCUGCUCGGCAAUGGCAAUGCUGAGCCCUACGAUGAUUAUUUGCUAAUUGAUGGCACCAUAUCGGCAGACUCAAAUGCACUAGGUAACGAUUACGGUGUUGGAAAAUGUCCUAUUGUGUCAGGAUCAGCUGAUCCGGUGGUUCAGAGAUCGGAAAUUUGUAGCGAAAUCUUCGGCUUGGAGUCACCACUUGCUUUACAUUUCCUAACUGUGGAUUCGAGGCCUUAUCGCCAGGCUUGUGAUGUUUCUGUGUCAAAACUACCAGAAAAAGAUAAGGAAGCCACUGCCUGUGUCUUUGCCCUGGCCUAUGGAUCUGCCGUUAAGCAAAUUAACAAAUUUGUGAUAUUACCAAAGCGUUGCAUUAAGUGUGCUGGUCCUGCGGGUCAGCGUGAACUGAACGAUGAAUUUACAGUUAAAUUGCCCAACAACAAGGCAGAUAUUGUAUUUGUCGUUGAUAUAAAUGUAACUCCACCAGUUUUAAACAACUUGAUAGCACCCGCUAUUACCGAUCUGCGGGAAUCCUUGAAAAGUCGCGGCUUUACUGAUGUACAAAUUGGAGUUAUUGUUUUUGAUGAAACCAAACGAUACCCUGCCUUACUGACCAGCGACAAUGGAAAAAUUAAUUACAAGGGCAACGUGGCCAACGUUAAGUUAAAUGGCAUUAAGAACUUCUGUGAGAACUGUGUGGAGCAAAUAAUUACAGAAAAACGAAUUUUAGAUAUUUAUAAUUUGGUGAAGCAGCUGGUGAAUAGUGUUGUGCCUCAAGCCGAUGAAAAAGCAUUCCAAAUGGCUUUGGAUUAUCCAUUCCGUGCCGGCGCUGCUAAAAGUAUAAUUGGUGUGCGUCACGAUUCGUUGGAAUAUAAAAAUUGGUGGAAAUAUGUACGAGCCCAAUUAACUGGUAGUCUUACCAAAUUUGACGGAGCGCUUCUCCAUCUGAUUGCACCUGUUAAAGGACUUACAUUAGAGGGCGUUACAGCUGAAAAAUUAAUUGGCUUCAAUUCUCGCUUGGUGGCCACGGUUGAUGGCAAGGACAACAAAAAACGAGCGAAACUGCAGUUCGAUAAUGAUAUGGGAAUUGAUUUUGUAUUGAAUAAUGGAGGCUGGGUAUUUGCCACGCAAAACUUUGAAAAAUUAAAGCAGCCCGAUCAAAAGAAAAUGUUAGGACAGAUUACAACAUCGAUCGCCGAUACUCUAUAUAAAACUGAAAUCGUUAGUGAUUGCCGCUGCCUGCCUAUUCACGGAUUGCACGGCCAACACAAGUGUGCUAUUAAAUCUUCGUCGUUUCUUCCAAAUAAGAAGGCCAAAGCUCACUAAAACCUAAUUUUGUCCAAGUGUCCUUCAUUUUAAUGGAAUCAUUCGAAUAGAUAAAAAAAUAUAUAUAAAUACAAAAAUGUGA